AACCGCUGGAGCAGGAGGUUUUCCUCGUCAGCUGGGAAAGUUGUUUUGUAUGUGUUAGCUCGCACAAGAACACCUUUACCUGUCGGACAUGACAUCAGCCAAUUCAGAUAUACCUGAGGUGCCGUCACUGGCCACAGCAGCUGGAUCUCUUUCUAACAGUGUUGUGCCGAAGGCCAACAACAAACGACAAGCCACCUCGGACUAUGACGACGACGAGGGAAGCAAAUUGUUCAGGUGUGAUGAUGAUGAUGAUGGAGGCGGAUCGAAUGACAAGGAGAAAUUUGCCAGGGAGAAUCACAGCGAGAUCGAGCGCAGGCGGAGGAAUAAGAUGACCGCUUACAUCACGGAGCUGUCAGACAUGGUGCCCACCUGCAACGCUCUGGCGCGCAAACCAGACAAGCUCACCAUCCUGCGCAUGGCUGUGUCGCACAUGAAGUCUCUCAGAGGCAGCGGCAGCAGCAGCAGCACCGAUGGAGCAUAUAAACCCUCCUUUCUCACAGACCAGGAGCUGAAGCACCUGGUUCUGGAGGCGGCUGAUGGUUUUCUGUUCGUGGUGUCGUGUGAAACCGGCCGUGUGGUUUAUGUGUCGGACUCUGUCACACCGGUUCUGAACCAGGCUCAGUCGGAUUGGCUCGGAUCAUCGCUGUACGACCAGCUUCAUCCAGAGGACACAGAGAAACUCCGAGAGCACCUCUCCACCAGCGAGAACAACAACGCCGGCCGGAUGUUGGACAUGAAAACAGGCACGGUGAAGAAAGAGGGUGGGCAGGCCUCAGUGAGGAUGAGUAUGGUAGCACGCCGCUCCUUCAUCUGCAGGAUGAGAUGUGGAGUGUGUCCCGUAGAGCCGGUGUCCAUUAACAGACUCAACUUCCUGAGAAGCAGAAACAGGAAUGGACUGGGUCCUGCUAAGGAGGGUGAGACGCAGUAUGCGGUCGUGCACUGCACAGGCUUCAUCAAGUCCUGGCCUCCUGCAGGAGUGACUCUUGCUGAAGAGGAGGCCGAUAAUAAUCAGGGAAAUCAUUUCUGUCUAGUCGCCAUUGGAAGGCUACAGGUCACAUGUUGCCCGAGCGACACAAACAUAAAUAACAUCAGCGUUCCAGUGGAAUUUAUUUCCCGCCACAACUGUCAGGGCCUCUACACCUUUGUGGAUCACCGCUGUCAGGCGACGGUGGGCUUCCAGCCUCAGGAGCUACUGGGGAAGAACGUUCUGGAGUUUGCACAUCCAGAAGACCAGGGCUUACUGCGAGACAGCCUUCAGCAGGUGGUGAAACUGCGAGGUCAGGUGCUUUCGGUGAUGUUCCGGUUCCGCUCUAAAUCCCGCGAGUGGAUCUGGAUGAGAACCAGCUCGUUCACCUUCCAGAACCCUUUCUCUGAAGAGAUCGAGUACAUCAUCUGCACCAACGCCAAUGUGAAUAGAGGUGCGAAUCAGGACUCCCUGUCCCCCCUCUCUUCCCCGGGGGUUUCACUGCCCCCUUCACUGGGGCAAAGCAGUCCUAACUGCCCCUCCACCCCCAGCCCAGGGCAGGUCACAGCCAGGCAGUUGCAGCAGCAGCAGGCCGAGUUAGACGGAGGGAUGGGACGAGACGCAGCGUAUGAAACCAAUCAGGUCACUCUUCCUCAGGUUCCAGUGCAGACUGCAGGUGUAGUCGGUGCUGAUCACAACUCUAAGGCCGUGUCCUCCAGUGCCUCCGGUGGACAGCAGCUUUACCCACCAGCAGCGUCUUUCCCCAGCUCUGCUCGUCCCAGCGAGCCCUUCAGGUCAGCUGGGAUGGCUCAGCAGAUGGUUCCUCAUUCAGCAGGUCAGAUGCUGGCACAGAUGUCCCAUCAGAGCGCACCGUCUGGAGUCUCCUCCAGCAACAACAGCCUCAUUCAGGCCCAGACGGGACCCGCAGCGCCUCCUGGAGUCUGGUCUGCCACACGACAGCCCUUCAACACACAGCAGAUAGCAGGUCAGGCUGUGAAGAGUCAGUCAGCUCAGUUUAACAUGGGAGGUUUCAGCUCCGCCCCUUCAUCCUCCACUUCCUCUUCCUUUGGCCAGAUGGGCGGGGCUUCUGCUUCAAUGGCAAACACAUCAAAUUACCAACAAAUAAACAGCCACAACAACCCUUCAACUAAUGGAUUCGGCCACAUUAAUCAGAUGGGAGCGCAGUUCAGCUCCAGGCCAGCAGAGGGAGUGUCAGGCUGGCAGCAGUGGCAAACUCAGCCACACACUCAAGGCACUGCAGACGCACACCAGCAGCCUCAAAACAGCCAGCCAGAGAUGUUUCAGGAUGUUAUCUCCAUGUUGGAUCAAACCGGCAGCUUCAGCAACGAUGAUUUCGCCGAGAUGCCCAUGUUUCCUCCUUUCCCCGAGUGAUCCCGCUUCACUCCCUGUUGCUCUCUCACGCGCCGUUUCUUACUCUUUUAACCAAAUCAAUGGCAGAGCGGAGGCACGGAGGGAUCUAAAACGAGAGAGAGACUGAUGCAUU